CGCAGUGGUGGUUGUGUUCGUGCGCAGCGUGUUAUUUUAUUGGGAAACUCAGUUUUUCAUUGUUUGUGUGCACUGCAGCGGGUACGCUGCAAACGUUUAUUCAUUUUAAUAAAGUUAUUCUUUUAUAAACUAGCCCCAAAAACCCACGAGACCUAUUGAAAGUAGCAACCAGCUACUCCUAAAUAUUUCCCGCGGCUGUCUUUUUAAAGUAGCCCAAUUCCGCGGGGAAACCGCGGACCCGGCAACACUGCGUGGAAGUGAUCAGCCCCUCUGUUUCCUGCCCAGUCUACAAGGUGUUCCAGAACGUGGCCCAGAAGUAUGACGUCAUGAAUGACGCCAUGAGCCUGGGGAUCCACCGGCUGUGGAAGGACACCCUGCUGCAGCUGGCGAGCCCCACGCCCGGGACCUUGCUAUUGGAUGUGGCGGGAGGCACAGGUGACAUCUCCUUCCGAUUCCUGGAUUACAUCUGGUACCGUCAGGAUCGAGAGGCGCGCCGGGGUACCCUGUCCCGUCAGAGCGCGUCCUGGCAGGAGAUCACAGAGGCGUACCAACCCGGCCAGUCGGGCAUGCAGGGAGGGGUACAGGCCGUGGUGUGCGACAUCAACAAGGAGAUGCUGAAGGUGGGGAGGCAGCGGGCAGCAGAUCGGGGCUAUGGCACAGGUCUGUCCUGGGUGGUGGGGAACGCGGAGGAGCUUCCUUUUGACAAUGACAAGUUUGAUUUUUACACGAUUGCUUUCGGGAUCCGCAACGUCACGCACAUCGACCAGGCUCUACAGGAGGCACGCCGGGUUCUGAAGCCAGGAGGAAGGUUCCUGUGCCUGGAGUUCAGCCACGUUUCAAACCCGCUUCUGUCCAGGGUCUACGAUGCCUACAGUUUCCAGCUCAUUCCAGUGCUGGGGGAGGUGAUUGCUGGGGACUGGAAGUCAUACCAGUAUCUGGUGGAGAGCAUCAGGCGCUUCCCAGACCAGGAGGAGUUCAAGGCCAUGAUUGAAGACGCCGGCUUCUUCAAAGUCCAGUUCCACAACCUGACAGGUGGAGUGGUCGCCAUUCACUCGGGAUUCAAACUCUGAGUGCUCGCCUCAAGUGGGAACGCCUAUCGCCUCGGAUACUCCCUGUCCUGGGGAGACGACAACAUGCCGACUGCCCUGAAGAGCAUGGCUUUGGGUUUGCGUUUGGGACUGGUCUGAAAGGUAGCACUCCCCAGUCAAGACUCUGACAGAAAUUGAAACACAAAGCCGAGCAAAACAAGUGGAGAAAACGGUACUCGGAGCAAGAAAAUGGAAUCUUUUUUUCCUGGUAUUACCAGCACUUGCCAGAUACCAAGUUUUUAACAUAAAUAAAUAAACCAGGUUUUGUUGCUUGAUGUUUGAAAGAGGUAUUUGCAUAAUUUGAAAAUAAAGUGGAUUUUUCUAAAUAUUUUUACUGGUGUUGUACAACAGUGAUGUUCUUUCACAACGCCGUUAGUACUUUGUGUCAAGAUCUUAAAAUAAAAGA